AUUUCAAGGGAAAGCAAUUAUGCUACCACAUCCGUUGUCAUGGUUACAGGUAGCAUUACGAAAUUCAAGGCCAUAUUCGAAAUUGAUGUGAAGUGAAGUGGUAAGACUGGUUGGAUGAGAGCAAAUUUUUGCUUUAUUUGUUCCCUAAAACUUAUUGAGCUGCAUCUCAUUUGAUAUGUGGUUUUGUACUACAGCCCUAUACCUUGACCUGGAUUUUCUGUGAAGUUGAAGUAACAUCAAAGUUGACCUACUACCUAGGUGGUAUCUGCAGAGCAAUGUCAAAGAAGGAUAAGGAUGCAACUCUCUGCUGUGAAGUGACACAUUCAUUCAUGCCAGUCCCACUUCCUCCAGAUGACCCCAGAUUCAAGCAACGUGUCGAGAACACCUUCCGCCUUGAUCCGGAGGCCAGCGAGAGGUUCAGGUGCGGCCACGCCAAGGAGCUAGUACAGGCGCGCCUGACUGAGGCCCUGCAGGGGGUGCAGUACGACGUGGAGCAGGCCCGGUCUCUGGCAGUGAGCAUCGCCAACAACAUCAGACUGGACCUGGAGCAGCUCUACCUGCCCAGGUAUAAGCUGGUGGCACACGUGCUGAUCAGUGAGCGGCGCGACCAGGGCCUGGCGGUGGGAUGCCGUUUCCUCUGGGACGACGCCAAGGACAACUUUGCUACGGCGACCUUCGAGAACCAGACCCUGGUCGCUGUAGCCGCCGUGUUCGGCACCUACUGCGAGUGACGGCCGAAACUGCGCUGGUUGCGUAAUGCGUAUGGAUGCGAGUGAUGACGCUUAGUAAACGCCAUUCAGUGAUUCAUAGUGACAAUUAGUGAAGGCAUCAGACGUCAGUGUGAUGUCAGUGACGUGACGUGGGUCACUGGCCUGGAGGUGAUGUGAGAAGGCGUCGGCGACAUUGACCAGUGGCUACAGCCUACAGUUACUGACUUACUUUUGAAUUGUGAUUUAAACUUGUUAGGUCGAUGUAUCAAGGAUAGAGGGUGGAUUGUUAAGGCCUUGUACGAAUGCUGGCUCCACCGAUAGGCUUUCAGAACAUAACAGUGAGAAGGGUGUCAAAAUGGGUGACACAGCUACGGAAGAAACUGUGAACGACGCGCCCUGCAUCGAUGUUCGGACUAGCCGGAACCGUGAUGGAGACGAUAAAUGUCUCGAUCCGGUCGGGACAGUGGAUGACAAUGAAGCCCGUUCAAUGAGCGAAAAGAACGACAAUGAAUGCGCUAAAACUGGAGGACAGGAGGCUGGAUCUAGUGAAUGUCGUGACAAUGAUGUGUCUCCGUUACGUAGAGACCAUGGUUCUGGUGGAGACGACGGUGAUGGACCUGCAGUGGACUGCGAGCUCACCGGUACGUCUCCUGUCCAGACGGACGGUGGCUCGGAGUCUGUCGGCGCCGCGGAGAGGCCCCACAGCUCCGGGUGGCUGGUGGACGAACCGGCCCAGCUGUCACGGCUGUACCGCCCCGCCGGUGUGCGGCCCGACCGCCGCCUGUGGCGGAUCGCCACUCCGUUCCUGAUGGACCAGCAGGCGGCCGCGAUCGCCCGGGAGAUGGAGACUGGUCAGACGGCGGUCCGGCGCCGGAGGAGGCCGCCGCCGCCACAGACGGAGGACCCCGUCACCGCCGGCGCCGCCCGGCUGCUGACCGAGCUCCGCUCCUCUCCCUCCGGGGAUCCUACACCGAGCGAGUACCGGGAGAACAACAGUGCGGCGCGCCGGGCGGCGAGGGAGGUACUGGAGGGGUCCGAGGAGCCGCUGACUGCUCCCCGGCAGGGCGGGAACCCGACGGACGAGCCGUGUCUUAUGGAGAGCGGCGGACACCGGUACGUACUGCCGGCCCGCAGCGCCUUCCUCUGUGGUGACGUCACGGCGGCGUUUGAUGACGUCACUGUGGUCAGUGAGCUGCUCGGUGGUGGACCGAAGUUUGACUCUGUGCUGCUGGACCCGCCCUGGAGCAACCGAUUCGUGAGGAGGAAACGGAAACUGCACGGUUACCGGUCACUGGAGGCCGCCGAGCUGGCCAGUCUGCCGCUGCCUCGGCUGGCCGCCCCCGGCGCUCUGGUGGCCGUCUGGUGUACUAACAGUUCCGCCCAGGGCCGCACGCUGCGCCACACGCUGCUGCCCGCCUGGGGCGUCCGCGAGAUCGCCCUCUGGCACUGGGUCAAGGUGACCCGUUACGGCCAGCCGAUCACCAGCGGCGCGCACCACUCCAAGCAGCCGUACGAGCAGCUGGUACUGGGUCGGCUGGGCGCGGAACCGGCCGGUCUGCCGCUGCCGCCAGCCGAGAGACUGAUUGUCAGCGUACCCUGCGCCGUCCACUCCCGGAAACCGCUCCUGCAUGAUCUGCUUCGUCCGUACCUACCGGCCGGGUACCGCGGUCUGGAGGUGUUCGCCAGAGGUCUGGCGCCCGGCUGGACGGCCUGGGGCGACCAGCCGCUGCUGCUUCAGAGGGUAGGAGGUCUGCUGGUGACACAGCGGCAGGCUGAGGAGGUACAACAGGCUGAGGAGGCACGACAGGCUGAGAAGUUACGACGGGCUGAAGAGUUACAGCGGGACAGAAGGCAGGGUGGGCAGCAAUAGCAGGACAGAGUACAGACAGGAUGCAUAACAGGGCAAGCAGCAACAAAAUAACGGACUCCAGGGUGUUGUGCCAGUCUACUAAGAAACAGGAGCCUGAUGAACAAUGCCAUGAGAAAGAUCAGUUUAAAAGCAGCUGGAGGACCGAUAUUAAAGUCGACCAUUUGACUGUCGGUCAUUUGUGACCAAACGAUGGGUCGCCUUCGUGAUACGGUAUGCCGUACUGUGAAAGCAACGGCAAUCGGUGUGACCGCCGGUUCAAAGUUCGCCGUCCAGUCACGGACUGAUUGUGAUGCCGCGAGUGACGUCCGAUACUGCCUGUCGGUACGUUCCAGUCCGCCCAUUCCAGUGUGAUGUGAUGAGCCGGUUGAUAUUAGUGGUUCGUGAAUCGUGAUCUGUGUUAGGUGCUUGUAGUACAAUAUUGCCAGCUCUCAGUGCAAUACCACUGCCAACAGUGCACCAGAAUCAGCGUGUGUGUCGAACAAUUAUGACCGGAGUAGGCGGCGCACCAGUCUGUGAUGCGUGGUUCGUGGCUCGCGCCGAUCCAUUGUUCAAUGUUCAUGGAAAAGGUGUUCUUUGUGAGCCUCUCUCAUGUCUGUAGACUAUCUCCGUUGUCGAAUGAAUGAAUUGUCGCACUGUCCGCUCAGUUUCCAGUUUUCGCCAAGCCCAUCCCCGAAUCUCCGCUACUGUUUUGUGUUAUAUUCCGUCAGUCUGUCCACAUGUGCUCAAUCGAUCACACAAUACAUAAAGAUCUGGUCGGA